AUGGAGAUAUUCAGCUUGAAAAACCAAUGGAUAAAUCUUCUUUUCAUUAUUAGAUUUACCCUGCUGUCAAUGUCCUCCAAGCCUGCUACGUUGGCAUUGAGAAGCAACGAAAACGACAUGCUAGCUUUGCUUUCUUUGAAGGAUCAGCUUGUUGGGGAUUCUCAUGGAGUUUUAACUUCAUGGAACGCUUCCUUCCAUUGCUGUCAAUGGCAAGGUGUUCAAUGUGGUCGUCGGCACCAAAGGGUAGUUUCAUUGAACAUGAGUGGCUUGUCAUUAGCCGGCUUUAUAUCUCCGGCUAUUGGAAACUUAACCUUCCUUAGAGAAGUUGACUUCUCUUAUAACAAAUUGCAAGGAACCAUCCCAAGGGAAAUUGGCCACUUGAAACGACUCGUUUAUUUAAGUCUGAACUUCAAUCAUCUCAAUGGUGAAAUCCUUGAAGAGCUCAGCAAUUGUUCUAAUCUCCAAGAGAUUGCCUUCACUGACAAUAACAUUACCGGAGAAAUCCCAGUGUCCUUGGGUGAUAUGAAGAAUCUCAUCAAUCUUCAUCUUGCUGGCAAUCUUUUAAUUGGAGGUAUUCCAGCUUCCCUAGGAAACAUUUCCACCUUGAAAGUCCUAUCACUUCAAGAUAAUAAGUUGAAGGGAACUAUACCCAGUUCUCUAGGCAAAUUAUCCAACUUGGAAUACAUGUAUAUUGGUGGAAAUAAGCUGUCCGGAUCAGUUCCUCCAGUGCACAACUUUUCAUCUUUGCUAGUUCUUGAUGCAGCUGAAAACCAAUUAUCUGGGAAUCUUCCGCCAGAAAUAGGCUGUACUUGUCCAAAUCUGGAAGGGAUUUUUAUUGCCCUUAAUCAGCUUACUGGAGAAAUUCCAAGGUCAAUAUCCAACAUAUCUAGCCUGGAACUAUUUGACAUCGCCUUAAAUGGUUUCACUGGAUCAGUUCCUGAGAAUAUGGGAAACCUGAGGAAUCUUCUAGUGUUAAACAUUCCAGGCAAUUACCUUGGAAGUGGGAAACCAGGAGACUUGAGCUUUCUCUCAUAUUUAAGCAACUGCAGCCGAUUGCAAUCUUUGGGUAUAAAUUACAAUCACCUUUAUGGAGUGAUUCCAGAUUCCAUAGCCAAUUUUUCAAUCUGCCUUGAAGAGCUUUUGAUGGGAGACAAUCAGAUCAUCGGACGUAUUCCUCAAGGAAUUGGCAAUCUCAUUAACUUGGAUCUUAUGGAAAUGAAGGGAACUUUCAUUGCUGGUGAAAUUCCAUUUCCAUUGAAAUCUUCAAAAUCUUGA